UGUUUCCAACAAUAAAAUUAUCUUUGACGAGGAACUUUCUCGUCAAAGAUAAAUCCAGGAUCGCGUCAGGGAAUUCCCUCGUGCCAAUGCCAUAACUUUCAAAGACGGUUCGAUGCCAGCAGCAACGAGUUCCACCACAGCAAUGUCGACAACAACGAGCCUCGAUGAGGUCGAAACUCAGCUCCGCGCUAUCAUAAGCAAUCUCUACGUGCUUGUCGCUCAAGCCCACGAUUUUCAGGGCGCUGCGACAUCACAGGCCAUGCAAGCCGAAACUUCGCAACUUCUUUCGAAUCUCACGACGCUAUCGCGCUCCGCUCGUCAUCUACCUGUGUCGUUACCCCUGGAGAUCAUUCAGUAUGUUGAGAGCGCGCGCAACCCUGACAUUUAUACGCGAGAGUUUGUCGAAUUAGUCAUGCGAUACAAUCAACAGCUCUCCGGUCGAAGUACUGCCCUGGCACAGUUCCGCGACAUUCUAGCGAGGGAAAUCGCAGGCGCCAUUCCAGAGAUGGAGGGAGUGGUAGCCGAAGUCGUGGGCGCAACCAAAGAUGGCGAGAGCGCGGAGGCGAGUCUGAGAUGAUCAGAGAGCGACAUGCGACAGACUUGUCGCCAUCAUUUGACUGUAACGGUAUUCGCUCUUUGGCCGGCGCGCGCCGGCCACUCCGAUCGGGUGUCGCAGUGCCGUUUCUUGGUAGCCAAGACGGGGUGUUGCUGAUGGA